CCCACUGGUGCCGUGCUGCGCAUCAACGAAAACCUCGAGCGAGUGUUAGUUGGCGUGGUGCGUCACUGCUCGACGGGAUACCUCUGGGCGGACCAGAUCUGCAUCAACCAGGCGGACACGGCAGAGCGAAACCAUCAGGUGCAGAUCAUGGGCCAGAUCUACCGG